CCCCAAGAAUCAAUCAUCGACAAUUGUCUCAGCACAUCAUGUCUUCCAACCUCAAGCCUCUCGUCCUCCACGCUCACGGCACAGGUCCCAACCCGUACAAGAUCGCAGCCGCCCUCGAGUUCCUUGACCUUCCUUACGAGGUCAAGCUCUGGCAAUUCGGCGAUGCAGCCAACGGUGUCAAGGGACCGGAGUUCCUGAAGAUCAACGAGAAUGGCCGUGUUCCUGCUUUGGAGGACCCAAACACUGGCGUUACCAGCUGGGAGAGCGGUGCCGUGAUGAACUACUUGCUGCGAGUGUACGACAAAGAGAACAAGCUCGGUCCGCGUGGAAACUCCGAGCAGGAUCGUGUGGACUUUGAGAAGUGGGAGUACUUCCUCUUGAGCACAUUGGGACCGAUGAUGGGCCAAGUCAACUGGUUCCGCCACUACCACUCCUCCAAGAACGAGGACGCUUUGAAGCGCUUCGAAGAGCAAGCAUACCGCUGCUUCGGCGUCAUCGACGCUCAGAUCAAGAAGACUGGCGACAAAUUCAUCCUGCCUGGCUCGACUCCCACUGCGGUUGACCUUCAUGUGUAUUCGUGGGUUUAUCAGCACAGCUACGCCGGCUUGAGCAUGGACAAUUACCCGAGCACGAAGAAGUGGUUGGAGAACGUCUCGGCGCUGAAGGAGAUCAAGGCGGCCUACGAGAAGGUGCCGAAGGGCAAGGAGAUGUAGGAGGCGGCGGAAGUUCAGCGGUCAGUAGAAUCAUUGCACGAAUGAAAAGCAAACCUUUUUCAUAUUC